AUGAAGUUUCUCAGCACUGCUACAGCCGCGGCAUUGGCCAGUCUUUUACUUCUGGUACCAACUGUUUAUGGAAACAGACAGUAUAAAUGUCCAUCUGGCGAUACUUUUGAAGAGGCAAUGAUCAUGGAUCUGGCUAAUAAAGCUCGCGAAGAAAAUAACCGUGACUCACACCCUGGUAUUCCCACGCACGAAUUGUGCAAAUCAUAUUUUUUCACUAGGAAGAUCCCGGGUGAUGAUUCAAAACAGUACGCCUACUUAUUGCAAGUUUAUGGGCAACCUCCAACGUACCAAUUCUCUCAACAAUUCAACUAUGGAUGGCAACAGUGUUCUUUAGAAAAUGGGAGUUGA